GGAAUUGAAAUGAGCACAGUGUUACAUUUCACAUGCAGCUCCAUGGCAUAUAAACAAGGAUCCAUUUCUAUUAAACCUUUGAAGAUCCGUUCCAGAGGUUCUGCAAAUUCUCAUCUCGCAAAACUGAAAUAAAAUCAGAGCAGGAUGCUGAGAGACGCCGUGUCUGAGCCGUGUCACACCAUGACCAGAUCGACUGCAGGAAAGAACAGGGCCGAGCAGAGCAGUGUAGCAAGCCGUGAAAUUGAGGUUUUUACUGGAACCUUUGGAAGUGUGAGGAGCAAAAGAAAGGACAAAUAGAUUUCAGGCAAUCUGAUCCCUGUGAUCAACAUAACAGCAGCUGUGUGUGGAGUCUGGCUUCACAUCUGAUUUAGUCUUAAGUGGAACUUUAUACAAGUAUUCACGUGACUCAUUUACGUGACCUUUUAAACACGUUCACAUGUUCUGUUUCACAUAUUUUCACUUUGGGAUGAACGCAUGGACAAGACCUGAGUGACCUAAGUGUUUUCCUUUGCUGUGAACACAAGGAAGCGAUAAGUAAAGCAGUCCGAGUGGAAAAACACACCUCAGGGAGCUUUUGUGCAGAAAAGAACCAAAUUAACUGGAACAUCAUGACAACCAAACAAACUGAAAUGACUCCAAGUCCAAUAAAAACAAAAGUACAGUAAUAAUAGGAAGAAGAAGAUGAAGAGGUUUAGAGUGUAUAAGUUUCUGUGGCUCUUUUUGGGGAAAAUAACUUCAUGUUGAUGAACUGUGCAGAGACAUCUUCUAAAGCUCAUGUAGGUGAAACUCUAUCUGCUCCAGCGAGACCUCCUGAUCAUCUUGAUGUUCUGCUCCACAUUGUGGGAGGAGGAAGUGGAGAUCAGAGUAAUAAUGUGCACAAGAAAAGGAGGGAGAGCCUCAGAGACAGAGGGAAAAACAGAGUAGGCGGUUUUCUUUGUCCUCAGCCGAGGAACACCGAGUGUGAGUCUCGGGCUGCUGCCAUGAACGAGGUGAAGCUGGCUCUGCUGGGCAGCGAGGGAGCGGGCAAAUCAGCUGUUUUGGUGAGAUUCCUGACCAAGCGCUUCAUUGGAGAAUACGCUUCGAAUGCAAAUUCAUUGUACCAGAAAAGGCUGUCGAUUGAUGGCAGACAGUUGAAUCUGGAAGUCUUUGACCCGUGCUCACAGAACGUGGAGAGCAGAUGUAUCCUGGAGGAACCUGUGGACUGGGCAGACGGCUUUGUGGUGGUCUACACCAUCAGUGAUCGCAUGUCUUUCCUCAAUGCUAAGACCAUCCUAGAGCAGAUCAAAGAGAGCCGUCGAGAGGCCUGUAAAGGAGACCUGGACAUCCCCAUCUGCCUGGUGGGGAACAAGCAGGACUUGUGUCACAGCCGACAGGUGAGCGAGGAGGAGGGACGUUCUCUCGCCCUGGAGCACAAGUGCAUCUUUCAGGAGGUCUCUGCUGCUGAGAGCUAUCUGGACAUCGCCAACCUCUUCACCAGACUCAUACGCCACGUCAUGGAACACCUGAAGCACAGGCCCGAGCGCAGGCGCUACAGCGGCUCCAAGUCCAUGGCCAAGCUCAUCAACAACGUGUUUGGAAAGAGGAGGAAGUCUGUCUGAAGGUCCUUAGCGCGAUAGAACAUCAGAACCUGUAGGAGGUUUGGAGUCUGGAAUGAAUGCUAAGAGCUGAGAGCUCAUCUGAGGAGAGGAUCCCAGCUAGACCUUCCUCAAUCUUCAGGAACAUAGAGCCACUAAAGCUUCUUCUCUUGUUCCUCAUGCUUAGAGAUACAGAACAGAAAUACCAAGUAGGAGGUUAAAGCUCCUCAAUUAUCUAAUAAACCCUACUGAAUCAUUUUAUCUAGUAGUCCAAGUGUAUCAAGAGAUUAGAUAUUAGACUCCUGAAACAUUCUCGAUAAUAUAAAAAAUUAUAUUAAGCAAUAAUCCUGUAAACUUAUUUCUUGAUAAAAGGUUCUUUAAAGCUUCAGCAGAUCCAGAAGGAGAACCAAAGGAUCUUUAUGUUUUCUACAGUAAGAGUUCAUAAGAGUGUGUUGUGCUGAUUCACUGUGACUACAGAAGUUUGAGCCGGAACUAAAAAUGAAACUUAAGUUUAUUUCAUACCAAAAUCAUUUUUUAAUAAAUAAAGUUUUAAUUUAAUAAUAAAGAUUUAAUUCUAUCUUUACUCGAGGUGAGAAAUGCGUGUAUACGGUACGAGUCUUUACAAUGUCUGAGUGAAUUUCAUCUGUCAGGAGGAGUGAAGAGAAAUCUCAGCAUGCUGCAUGAUGUUUGGAUGGACAGACAGACAGACAGACAGACAGACAGACAAACCAUCAAACAAAUAAAUAAAGCGUCUUAUGGAGCUUAAACUAAAUCUCUCUUGUAAGAGCUCCACAUUUCACACAGCUGUUAUUAUUUCAUCCCCAGAUUUAAUUCAAACAUCUGAACUGUAAAACUAAUAUACUGUAGCACGUCUGCCUGUAUAGUUUAAUUAAAGUGUAUUUAUGUAUGUUAUUAAAA